AUUGUGUCCGUAUCAGUGAAAGUCGAUGCGUUCCUGGAUAUGCGAACGGAUCAGUGAGUUUCAUGUUCUCUUUUCUGCAGCAGAAUAAUCAUUUCAGUGGCUUUUUCAGAACUUCAUUCUAGUGGCGACAGUUUGCCUUUGCUGUAUGGCAAGAACCCAGAACACAUGUUUAGUGCAGAUUUACAGCAGGGCUUGUUCCUCGGGUUUAUUGCAGAUCUACUGCAGGGCUUGUUCCUCGGGUUUAUUGCAGAUCUACUGCAGGGCUUGUUCCGCUGCCACUGCUGCUGCUGUCAGUGGAUGUACAGUCAGUUCUGUGACUGUUGGAGAGCCAGAGAGACCAAGCUUCAAGAGAGGAGGACAUGAGAUGAUCAUGAUGAUGGUACACAGAACACGGAUUGUCAAGUGCACCGUGCAGUGAAGUCACUCCACAACACGGCACAAAGGGAGUCUAUCCAGAAGAUCGUGGCAGCCAGCGUGGCAGCAGCCCUCAGCGGCAACGCACCGGAGAACGUCACGGAGCACCAAGAAGACGGCUUGCAAGCCGCGCGCAUAACAUCCAGCCGGAUGUCCACCUCCCGCCGGAGGAUCGCCUACAGACACCGCCGCCGCAAGCAAUGGCUCCGCGAGCCAACGCUUCGCCACCCGCUGUCUAUUGUUCUGUGUGUCUAUCCAGGGUCGCUAGCCCGCUCGCAUUACAUCCCGCCGAACAUAUAUCUCCCGCCGGAGGAUCGCCUACAGACACCACCGCCGCAAGCAACGGCUUCGCGAGCCAACGCUUCGCCGCCCGUUGUCUAUUGUUCUGUGUGUCUAUCCAGGGUCGCUAGCCCGCUCGCAUUACAUCCCGCCGAACAUAUAACUCCCGCCGGAGAAUCGAUUACAGAAACUGCCGCUGCAAGCUACGGCUCCACCGAACCAAGGCUUCGCUGCCUGCUGUCUUUUGUUCUGUGUGUCUGUCCAGGGUCGCCAGCCCCGCUUGCAUAACAUCCCGCCGGAUGUCCACCUCCCGCCGGAGGAUCGCUUACCGCCGCAAGCCACAGCUACGCAAGCCAACGCUUACGUGCCACCCCCAUGCGCCCACCCGCAAGGCUAAGUACCUAUGGAUUAGGCCAAUAGCAGAGGCUCCCACCCCGCGGGGCUGGGGGAGGGGGGCUCUCGGGUCGUAUUUGCAUUAGCCCCACAGGAUGAGGGCGAACCUCGGCCAAACCAGUACAGGAACGCCCCGCCGAGGUCAAGGGGGAGAUCUCCCACUAGCAUAGCCCACGGGUCCCCUGCUUACAAUCCACAGCCACGCCGCCGGGCCAGUGUGUUCCGGGAAGCGGGCCGCUGUUCAGCGACCCGGCGCAGCACGCAUACACCGCAGCUUGGCCGCCGUACCAUCCUGCCUGUUUAGAAAACAUGCGCGUGUGCGGGCGUAUGCGUGUGUGCGUUUGUGUUGCAUGCGCUUGUGCCUGUGUCCUCCUAGGCUUGCUAGCCGCCGCUCUCUCAGCGCGAGCAGAGCACCUGAUUGCCAACUCGGUAGCCACUGGCACACAGCGCACGUACGCCCCAGGCUGGCGUUCAUUCCUGGAGUUCAGGGGUCGCAUGCGCCGCGACGCACAUCACCCAGAUCAGAACGACGUCCUGCUGUUCGCUGCCGCAAUGUCUCACUCAGUCAGCGCCAGCACUCUGAGAGUCUACCUGGCCGCGAUCAAAUACCACCUCCUCCGCAUGGGAGGCCCGGUCGGGGUUACAUCCUCAAGCCGCAUCACAGCCCUACUCAUGGGCUUAGAGAGGGAGAGAGCGUCGCUUCCCAGACAUCCGUCAACACGCCCUCAGCGCCAAGCGAUCACCAUCCACCAGCUGAAGGCUCUCCGCCAGUUCUUGAAUCGGUCCUUGUACUCCCCUGCAGACAGACUAAUGCUAUGGGCUGCUCUUACGACAGCCUUCCACGGCCUGCUGCUGUGUGUGAGUGAGUACACGUCGCUCUCACCACACGGUCCCGGCGGCCUCAAGACGCUGAGGCACGAACACCUCCGGCUAGCCCAGCAGGAGGCCUCUCUGCAGCUGCAGAGGACGAAGACGUCUCAAUUAGCAACAGGCGGGGAGGUAGCGCUGAAUCGCUACGCUGACCCCGCACUAUGUCCCGUCCGAGCCCUGCAGGCUUACGUUCGGUCCAGCAAAUGGAGCAAUGACAAGCAACCCCUAUUCAAGUUUCAGGAUGGUCGCCAUCUCAAGCCGAACGACAUCAAUGCUGUCCUACACAAAGUGCUAGGUCCAAGCAUCAGCAGCCAUUCCUUACGCGUCGGGGGAGCCACACACAUGGCGGAUUGAGGCGCACCAGAGUAUGCCCUGAUGGCUGCAGGCCGCUGGUCCAGCAGGGCAUAUCGCACGUACAUUCUCAGGCCCGCAGGCAUUCCACAGCACUACUAGAGCCUGCGUGUCGCAAGCCAUUCGGUACCUUUAUUGGAGGCACGGGUGCUGCCGAUGGGCGCUGCAUAGUGCACUCACAUCGGCACCAUUGAACUAUUCAUUUUUUCUAAGAUUUAGUGUUCCGCUGCCAUAGCAACCUAGUAGUACACAUAGCCGUUCUGACGGCGCAGGACCCCGCGGGUCGCUUCUGCUGUCCUUGCCUCUCUGAUGUGUGAUAUGUGUACAUCAUUUAUAAUCAUGACCUCAUACUGAGUACAUGUACGUCAUACUUGAUUACCGAUCAGAGCCUCAUGAUUACUCACGCUGGAAUACACGCUUGCGACACCCCA